UGCAGUGUCAUGGCCGGCGAAUAAAGCGUGUGUGAAAGGAAGAAUAAACGGAAAUUAAAGGACAUAAAGAGCCAAGUUGUUGUUAAGAAACAGUCAAAAUGAAAAAAGAAGACGUAGAAAUGAAGGAGGCCUCCCAGAAAAACGGUACAGAGUCUGAAGAACCAGUAGCUGAAGUUUCCAAAGAGGAGAAAGAGAGGCUUGCUUUAGAAGGUAGGGUGUAAUUUCUUUGGCUUGUUGUAAAGAUUGCAGAUCUCCUUGUGAUAGCGGUUCGUGUUUUAAAAGAAAUGAUUAUGAAUUUGAGAGCCUUGAUUAUCUUUUGUAGUAUCGAGACAACGAUAAGAUUUCCGUGUAACACCAUACAUUUAUUAUGCAUAUACCUGCUUCGACUCUAUUCAUAUAUAUUAAACUAUUUGUGAGGAAAACCAUGAAAUUGCGGCAUACAUAAUAAAUGUAUGGGAUUAUACGAAAACCUAACCCAGUAAACUCUUUGUGUCGAAAAAUCAAAACUAAAUUCUUCCCACCUACACUGUGUUGUCAAAGUGUAUGGUAAUUUCCACAAUUUUUAAAUCUUGACGAUCAAUGGAAGUCUGACUCAUCUAAUUGAAGACUAUAAAGGCUAAAGCCUGGUUUUCAUUUGUCGGGAAAAUCCCGGAUGGUCUGGGAUUUUACUGUUUCCAGACUGUCCCAGAUUUUGCCGACUAUUGAAAACUCGAAAUCCUAGAUAACCCCGAUGGUCUGAGAUGGUUGGUGACUAAUCUGGAGAAUCGGUAGCAUUUCUAUUUUCCUGAUGCAUCCCAGAUUUCUGCAAUGGUCGGCAAUCAUUCCUGACAAAUGAAAACUUAAAUUUGUACUAUCGGGGACGUCGGCGAUGGAAUUAGCUCAUUACCAAUCUUCUAAAUUGCUGGGGUAUAGUCCCUCUAUCACACAUAAACACCGCGUCUCUGUGGUAGACUUGUGGUGAUUAUCUGAUAUAUCAACAGAAUCUGGGAUGGUCAGCAAAAAGUUAAAUCCCAGAUCGCCUGGGAUUUUCCCGACAAAUGAAAACCAGGCUUAAGAAGUUACCUGGAUAUUAACAAAAUUUUACAACAUACAGCUGUAGUAAUGUCAUGGGCAAUAAGGACCAUAGGACAAAAUGAACAAACCAGUGCAAAGUACUGUACAUGUCCAUAUGAGCAACUCUAGAUUGAUCUUAAGAUGUGUCUUAAUGCAGGUCUGGAUUGCAGACAUGAUUUAACUUUAGUUAGCCACAUCUGUAAAGCAACACUAAUAUCCUUGUUUUGGGCUCCCAACAGACUCAGCAAUUUACCUGAAGUGUGUUUUGAAUUUCCUUUCAUCUUGAUCGGCAAAUUGACAAUGGCAUUUUUAACAGGCCGAUCAUGAUACAUAUUCAAAUCCUGGUACACAGGUAGGGGCUAAGAACAAGGAUUUUGGGGCUAUUUCACAAACGGACUUGCCGUGCAGACUAUCUUAAAGCCUGAUUGAUUCAAUGAAAGCUAGACUUGUUACAAUUUGACCUCUUAUCAGUUCUUUAAAGCGGGCGAAGCAAGCUCCAAUGAGGUUGCGCCGCAACUUAGGGAGCGGUGAAGUUGAGAGGUCAACUUCUUUCACCUGAAUGGAUUUGAAUCAUAUUAUAAAUUCACAUGGGAAAAAUGAUUGACAUAUCCUGUGUCAGGAGAGGCGUCAAAUAUCACUAAAUCUUGCAUUGGUCAAUUGUCAAGAUGACACUAGUGGAAUUUUUGACCGAUGAAUUUUGCACCAAACAGAUGUGAAAAAUCCUUUAAAAUGGCCAACCAGGAAAAAAAUAAGGACUCCUACAAAGUCUCAAAGAAUGCUUUAAAUUACUUAAUCUAUUCUUAUUUUUCUUAGUUUCUCUUUCAUUUUUAACAUGGAAAUUUUUUCAGACAAUCUGCACUGAGACAGUUUUUUAGCUAUUAUUAGAGAGGGGGUUGCAAAUAACAAACCAUAUCCUUCAUAGUUGGGAAAGGGGUAAAUAGAGGUAGCACAACUCCCUCAGUGGAUUGGGGGGUCUUAGCCGUGUACAAUACAAUAGUUUUGAUUAUUCCUUCAAGAUCUGUUUUUUGUACAGUAGAACCUCAAUAUAACAAACCUCUAUAUAAUGAAGUCCUCGGCAUAACAAACAACUAUUUUUCUUUGCCCCAGUAAUCGUAAAAUAUAUGGAUUAAACUGCGAUGUUAUGAAACCUCGUUAUAGCGAACAAUUUGCCAGUCCGUUGGCCCUUUGUUAUAUUUUUUGGGUUCCACUGUACUCCCAAAUCGCAUGUACACAGUCAGGAGAUUUUUUUCUGGUAUGUUCUACUAACGAAAGUGUGCUAGUUUAACCUUUUACAUGUAUGUGUCCCCUAUACUCUGGAACGAUUUGCCUGUUGACGUUAGAUCGAUCGAUGAUGUAAAUAAGUUUAAAUCUAAAUUGAAGACCUUCCUUUUUAAACGAGUUUACGAACUAUCUUAGGUUUUUUAUUUUGUAUUUUUGUGAAUAUGUAUAUAUGUAUAUAUGUAAUGAUUUUAGGAUUUUUAUUUUUUAUUCAGACCUUUUUGAAGUAAUGUAAAGCGCUUAGAACUGAAAAGUAUUAGCGCUAUAUAAAUAUUUUAUUAUUAUUAUUAUUAUUAUGUGUAUUUUGCAGACUUGAAAGAACAAGUGAAGUACAUAGAGAAGUCAGUGUCAUCAAAAGAAUCCCGUUUUAUAUAUGUAUAUAUGUAAUGAUUUUAGGAUUUUUAUUUUUUAUUCAGACCUUUUUGAAGUAAUGUAAAGCGCUUAGAACUGAAAAGUAUAAGCGCUAUAUAAAUAUUUUAUUAUUAUUAUUAUUAUUAUGUGUAUUUUGCAGACUUGAAAGAACAAGUGAAGUACAUAGAGAAGUCAGUGUCAUCAAAAGAAUCCCGUUUCUUAACUCGUGUGCUGAGGUCCAUUCCAGCGACAAGGAAAAAGCUGACUCAUCCAAUCCUACGAAAGCUCAUUUGUGGAUUCUUUCCUAAUUGUAAGUGCUGGUAAUUCUACAUUCUCACAAAUUAAUUGGAUAGUGGCUUAACCAUGAGUGAGGCUAUUUAUUUUAACUCGCUUAGAGAGCCAAGCAUGUGAACCAUUGAUUCUCUUGUAUGCAAAUUUAUUUUAUUCUACGCUGAUUUUGUGGCUGUUAAAAUGCAGGCACUGAUUUUCAGGUCUUUAGAAAACAGUUGGUAUUCUUCAGGAGUACGGACAACCUAGAAUAUUAAACAAUUAAAUGUAUAAAAGUAGGCUGCUGAGCAAUUUUAGAGACAAAAUCCAGCACAAUGCCAAAUUUUCCUUGAUUAAUCAUGGCUUAAGUCCCUCAUGCCCUUAGAACAAACGAGUAAUGAGCUUCUUCAAACCGGGGAAUUUGUUUUGUUUUUUCAAUGCCCCACUUAGCAAAGUUGUCAUAGUCAAUAACAAAAGAAAAAUCUUUAACUGCCUGAUGCAUCUGAACUGACUCAGACGCUCGUCAGCGAUGACGGGCCUUGCCUUCACUGUACUUUUUAUAUCAUAGUCGCUAAUGAUCCCAGUUUUCCAGUAACCUUGAGCUACCAUCAGUUGUGUCCAGGCAACAGUUUUUCACCUGGCUUUGUGUGAUUGUUCCGAGUGCAUAACCUUAUUGAUUGUUUUUCACACUUCUUGUUAAUAGCAUCCGUUACAAGAGAUGCCUUACUUGCAUUUUUAGAUGAGGUAGGUGUGUUUUUAUUUCUGGAUAAGGUAAUUACCUGGGAGUGGGCUACUUAAGGACAUUUUAUAUAAAUAAAAGAUUUAAGCUGUGAAAGGCAUUUUGGGGUUGAAAAUAAACUGUUUGAGGACUUAAUUUUCAAUGAGGAGGAAGUAGGGGUUGCAUGUAUUUUACAAUGUCAAUAUUUUCUGGCAGUUUUUAGGGGGUUAAAAAUAGUUUGUCAGAGGUUUUUUGGCAGGGCAGUGGGAUGGUAAAGAUGGCAAAACCCAGUUAAUUAUACAGUCAAACCCCCACUUUAUGGGCACCUGCUUGAUACCAACACCUCAACAUUUUGCCCCUGGAAAAUGGUAAAAAGUCUUGAGUUUUUUUCGAAGCUAAAACAAGUGCUUUAUAGGUGAAUUUUUUUAAAAUUUUGGUCAGAUCUUAUCCAAUCUCGCCUAUAAGUUUGUAGUGCAUCAUGAAAAAAGUUUUGUUCCUGCCUUUUUGAAGGUCUCUGUUAAUCACUUGUUUGAUAACCUUGAGUCUGGAAAAAUAAAUUAUUGAACAUUUUGGAAAAAGUCUGGAAAAAGUCUUGAAUUUUGGAUCCAAAAAUCUGUGCGAACCCUUGCUUACACUUUCUCUAAAUUCCACCCGCUUAAUAAGGACACCCUAUUAAUGCGAAGAUUGAGGGGUCCAUUAGAAAGUGUCUAUAGUAAUGUACAUUUCUAUCAAUUAACUUAACUUGCAUGCUUGAAAUAGUACUUUAAGAAGACUCUUUGUUAUCAAUCCCACAGCUGUAAUCAAGGUAUCUUUUUCCUUUCUUGAUCUAUUAAAAUCAUUAACAUCUUUUCAGCCAAUGGAGUCUGAAGUCUCAACACCAUUCAGACCUCGCAGUGCCAGGCUAAUAGCAGCUGCUUCGCUCCCAGAAGUUGAAUUCUAUUUUCAUCUGUUAGUGUUGAUUCAUCUGAUUGAUACAGAGUGUUACAAUGAGGUAGGUCAAAGUUCUUUAUGAUUUCUUACAGUGCAUUCAAUUCUGGAUCACAUUGUGAUGUUUCACCUAGAUUAGCAAAUGUUACCUGGGGACCAUUCUUUUUGUUUCUUGUAUUUGCAAAUAUUUUUGUAAUAAAGUUGAAGUUGAAGUACAUAUUAUGGUGAUCACUAAUUUGGAUCAUCGAGAGGUUGUAACAGUUGUACAUAACAGUGGUUGGCAUCGUGGAGUGUCUUAAACUUUGUAGGGAAACUAUGAGUUCAAGUUAGCAGGGCUUUACAUGAUUGGGGUCGAUUGAAUAUUCAAUUUGCCAGGUUAAUAAUACAUAGUUAACUGAUUUUUCAGCUCUUCAGUUUACAAUACAGUGGAAAUUAAACUUAUCUCAACUAAUUUUUUCAGGUCUCGUCUGACACCGUAGGGACUUUUUUGCUGUGGUUUUUGUCCCCUUUUGAUCAUUCCUGUCACUUUUAUUCUGGAGUGCCCACCUCCUUGUUACAAUCAUUGUUGUGUUGUUUGUCAUGUUAUUGCAAUACAACUUUUAAAAAAAUAGUUCCUUUUUGUGUUCUUGAAUUGUAGGCAGUUCAGUGUUCAGAACUGUUGAUGCAGAGAUCAGUGGCUCAUAACAGAAGAACAUUGGAUCCUCUUUUGGCCAAGUGUUACUUCUACCACUCUCGAGCUUACGAACUGGUUGGCAGAUUAAAGGAAAUCAGAAGGUAUUUCAAGAAGAAGAUAAAUUAUACAAAUUUUAUAUCACAUAACUUAAACAGUCAAGAUGACUCAAGUCUGAUCAGUGUUAACUGGUCAAUUCUCUCUAAAUAAGUUUACUCCUAAUGGUGGCAAAAAUAAGAUUCAACCAAGCCAUCUCAGUCAUUCCAGUCAUCGCGUUCAUCUUGGUCAUCCUAGCCAUCUUAGUCAUCCCAGUUAUCCCAGUCAUCCUGCUCAUCCCAGUCAUCGAAGUCAUCACAGUCAUCGUACGGUAGUCAUCUCAGUCACCCUGGGUCAUCCUGGUUAUUCCAGUCAUCCUGGUCAUCACGGUCAUUCUGGUCAUCCCAGAUAUCUUAGUCACCUCGGUCAUCCCAGUCGUCUUAGUCACCUUGUUCAUCCCAGUCAUCCCAGUCCUUUGCUGGACUUGUCAGUUAGCAAAUGAAAUUGGCUUUUUCAAAGGGUUUUUGCUGAAAAAUCAUCUCCUUCCUCAGCGUGCAAAGAAAGUAAUGUCUGAUAGCCUGGGGCAAGUGGAUUUUGCUAUUGGGCAGGUGAAUUCUGUUUUUAACUUGCACGAUGGGCAAGUAAUGUUUUUUGAGCAAUUCAAAUCACAGAAGAAUUAUUUUGCUCAUCAAAAAGCUUUUGGGGCUAGUUGAAAUGAAGUCUGCACUAGUAAAUGCUAGCUUCAGCUUGCCUGAAUGGGAAGAUGUAAAAAUGUUUUUCUUUGCACCCUGUUCGUGCAUGCUAUUUAGGAUUUGACUGAUCUUGCUGAAUAGUUUUGAUUAAAAUUGAAAUUCUCAUUAUGACGGGAAUGGUCUGGCCGGUCAGUUCUGACAAAUGGAAAGUGCUCUAAGUCAUUCCAGUCACCCUGGUCUUCUCAGUCAGUCCUCUCAUUUAUCUUGUAUAGUUUGGGCAGUACAGUGUAUAUAUCAAUAUGUAUAUUUUUUAUUGUUUUUCACAGUUUUCUGCUUGCUAGACUCAGGACGGCUACUCUAAGACAUGAUGAUGAAGGACAGGUUAGUUUGGUUUUUGCUAAGACAGUGUUGCAAUAAUAGUGAUAAUAGUAAUAUUUAUGCCUACUGUUUUUUUUUUACUGUGUAGAUAAUUGUAAAUUAUUAUAAACUUACAAAUAAUUAUGUGUAUGUUGCAGGUAGAAUCUGUUUCCAGAUUUAAUCAGUGUUUAAACUUGCUCUAAUUCAUAGGAUACAAAAAAUUUUCUGGUUUAACCUGAGCAUGGAUUUUUUGUACAACAACUGUUUGAACUAAGUCAUGUUCAUAUUAUAUAUUUCAACUUUUUUGUUUUCUUUCUUGCAGGCCAUUCUUUUGAAUCUUCUUUUAAGAAACUACCUUCACUUUAAUCUGUAUGAUCAGGUAACGAGGAACAAAAAAACAGCACUUUUACCCUGUAUUAUAUAGAUAUUUUCUAAAAAUAACAUUUUAAGAGCGCCUGUCCGUAAAAAUCAAACAUAUCGCGGCAAGGGUAGAAAAUUCGAUUUCUUUCAUAUUUUAAUGUUACAUAGGCUAGGGUAUAACCAAAAUUACUGUAUGGUUUUUUUGGUGAAAUAUCCUUUUAUUUCAGAGAUAAAUGCAACUAAGCAAAAUCCGUUAAAAUCAUCAUUUGAGGCGCUCCUUUAUUACAUGGGUUUGAAAGCCUCGCGUGCAAAAACCGAUUACUCUACCGUCUUUAAAACAUCAUAGCCUUCUUUUACAACUUAUAAAUAUCAGUCAAAAUGAUUUGGGGAGAUAGUGCUCUGUUCUUUGUAUACAAAAUAAUUUAAUUUCGAAAGCAUACAAUUUACUUCAGUAAAAGUAAUGCCUGAAAAAACAUAAUUUUCACCAUGUGCGAAACCUUCAAAUCUAUUAAGCUACUGGUGGUUGAAUCUUAGAAGGAUGGUCUACAGAUUCCUGUAAAAAUUUCUUUGGGCAAAUGAUUACUAGCGACGCGAGAGCUUUACAAAAUCUGUUAAAAAUGCAGGUAUUUGACCUUCCGCGGUCAACUUUGAAGUUGCGAGUCGGACAUAAAAUUUAGUCCCUUCACCUGUCUAAACCCACAGUAGAUUAAAAUAAGCAGAUAGGAAACCGUUUUGAAAUGUUCUUACCUUAUUAUGAGCAGUGAAGGACCGGUCCAAAGAUCAUUUUAGCACGAUUUUCGGGUCGUUGGUCGCUUGACCUCUGGUUUGUAACGUGUGCAAUUUACACCUCACACCCGACACACCGCGACAACUUUCGACGUCUUCAAAGGUCGAAUACCAAUCUUUGAUCAGUUUUAGGCGAAUUUUAUCACGAUUGCAUCUUCUUCGACGGCUUAGCCCUUUGUUAAACAAUGCUUUACACUGCACGAAAGUAUAUAUCUGACCGGUGCUACAACGACACAAUAAUGUUGACGCUGUUCGUCACGCAAUACUGUCAUGUGCAUUUUCACGGGAGAGGAGUGGUGGUGCUUGAAAGUACAUGUAGUAGACCUAGAAACCCUUUAUACACGACUAAAGAUUUUUUUUAAAGCCAGUUUAUCAACGAAUGCUACGCAUUUGCACGAUAGCGUUACUUUACUACUACGACCAGAAUCCUUUUCGUAUUUUCCUUUCAUGUUUUUUUUUUUAAAUUUGGUAAUCCCAGCGAGAUCAAAAGCCCUGAUUUGUACAAGAAAGCGAAACUCCUGAGGAUUCUGGUCGUACCAGUAAAAUGGCGUCAUCAUGCCAAUGGCCUUUUUCUUCUUCUUGCUUGCUUCAUCUUUGCUAAACUAUAGUUUCUACUUUAACCACUCUGGCACUCUACAAUCUAGCACUGUUGUUUGUUACGACAUAGUAAAGAUCGACAAAAAACUGAACCUGUUCGCACUGCGACAGAAAAUAGAGUUUGGUCUUUGCAAAAAAAUGGAAAAUUUCGUAAUUACCAAAACUUUAAAGAUGCCUGCAGCUUUUUGUCAGGCAACAAAAUCCUCUGUUCCUUUUAUUUUGACAGCUAUCCUUCGUUGGGUCAUCUUUGAACGGGCAAGGGCCAAUUCCAAAACACAACACGUGAACUCACAAUCAGCAAAUGUUUUACUAUUACCAAACCCAAAAAACAGUAAAUUCCUACAAAGAGCGAAAAAUAAUAGUUACAAUACAGAAAAACUACUUUAAAGUGACUACAAAAUGAAAUUAAUGAAAAAACGAUGAAAACGAAGCUGCUUACCAAAUGCUGAGGAUAACAGAGUCGGUGGUCAGGGCCACCGAGGAAAGAGAUAAUCUACUUCGACGAAUGAUGUUACACUAAUAGACACGUAAAAAACUGGUAAUAAAUAGGGGCGAGAUAACAAACUAUAACGAAAUUUACAUACAGCACGUAACAAAGGAGCGUAAUUAACAAAAUACCGGAGAGCGAAAAGAAAAAGAAUACACGAUAACAAGUAAGCGAGAAAACGAAAAAACAAAAGAAAAAAUAAUUGCCCCAACAAUCUUAUUUCGCGAACGUUACCAAUUAACGUUAUUGGUUACACUAAAAACUCGCGUGUCUCAUUUGCGAACAGGGUUUCAAAAAUGAAAAAGAAGCAAGAAUCAUUGUUGCAGGCGCUAAUCAAAAGGGAUAUGCUGCUAGUUGCGACCUGUUGUACACGAAUUUUUGUGAGCGUAAUCAGUUUUUGGUUUGUAUAAAAAGGUUAUCAAAGUUUUUUGUACAGAUGCUUUGAGACAUGUGCCUUUUAUUUGUUAAAACAGAGGUUGUUAUAAUCAAGAGUACCGAAGUCCCAUUAAACACUUUACACAAAUGUAUAGUGAUUGCAUUUCGGGCGGGGGGUUACUCCCUUAUAUAGGCUAUAUAGGUGUGUGCGGCGCCAAAGGGUAUGGUUUUUUAGCCGUUUUGGUCUAAAGAAAGGUAUCAAUUUCGACCAGUUUGGUCUAGAUAUUUUUUUUUUAAGAAAAGCUACUUCUUCAUCAUUAGGCGAUAAGACCAUUUCGCUUUGGGUUCUAAGCCAACUGAGUACGUUCCGUAACAGUACAGUUUUGUAUCCUACUUAAUAAAAUCGUAUAAACAUUGCCUUUAACAAUGGUCUGACCUAGGAAACUGAUUAUAAGGCAGGUCUGAAAUAGGGUAUUGAUUUAAGUGUCAGGUCUGAAAUAGGGUAUCAAAUUUUUGAUCAGGUCUGAAAUACGGUAGGGAAAACCACAGAUUUUUGGUCUGAAAUAGGAUAAGGGUUUCAGGAGGCGUGCCGCACAUCCCCACUCAAUUUUUCGCGCGCACUGCAAAAGAUUGUGACAUCACAGCUAAUCCAAAUCCGACUUUUACAUGGGCUGAUUUGGCAACAGAACGCGAACGUCAGUUGACGACGGAAGAGCACGCGGAAAGGACUAAACGCGACUUUCGUUGCCAAUUUGCCGCUCUGUUGUUUGAUUUGCGCCCGCUGGCGUCAGUUGACGUUUCCGUUUUGUUGCUAAAUCAGCUUGAAGUUGUGUUUGCAAGAGGGUUUGUAGUAAUGACGUCACGAUCUUUCACGGUGCGCGCGCUAUUUACGCGCUGGCACUUUGCUCUUUAUCUUCGAGAUUAUCCUCGUCAUCAAUAAGCAGAUCGUCCCAUUCCUCUUGUAUUCCUACUAUUUAAGAAAGUUAUGAGGAGGAGAGAGGGCAAGUGUUUGAUAUUAUGGCCAGCUGGGUGAGUGCUUAUUCGGGGACGGGCCCUUAUUUGAGCGUGGGCUCUUAUCGAGGAAAUACGGUACACAGAUAUGUAACAGGUUAAAUAAAAAAGAGUUAAAAUGAACACACAGUACAGACCGCCAAACGCAUUAAGAUGCAUUUAGCCAAAAUAGAAAUACCGUUUGUUGAAAGGAAAAGUUAAUAAGCGCCUCCCUUAUUAAGCGCCCGCCUUCCUAUAUAAGCGCCUCUCCUUUUAGCCGAAAUUUUAAGUAAGCGCUGGGGCGCUUGUUCGAGGAAAUACGAUAUUUACAUAGCUUGCAAAAUAUAACGAAGUUUUAAAGAGCUGUCUCGUAACACCACCACUACUAUGAUUCUAAGAGAAUUAGAGUUGGGAAAUGACCUUAAUGCCAGAGGUCCCUAGACUGCGACUGCAUGCUUACGUUGGAGUUUGUUCUACAGAAUUGCAGCUGCUGCCUUCUCCUAAAUUAUUCAACAGUUCCAAGUACGGCUUGUUUGGGCAGGUUAUGGCACUGAUAACGGUCCUGAUACCGUUUAAUAAAAUCGGCCAGUCCGGGAGCUGACAACCAAAAUUGUGAAUAAACAAAAUGACCAGUAUUUGGAUUUUAACAAGGAAAGACCGUGUCUAAGGGUAUCACUAUCUUAAGCUAUAGAUUUUCUUCUGUCACUCUAUUCCGGAUAGCUUUUGUGCAGGCACAAAGAGAAAGCAUACCCGAUAGGGCUUCUGUUCACACAAAGAACGGUGAUUUCGGCCCGAAAAAGCAAAGCUGCGACGCGCCGAUCACUAAACAGGAGAGUCACAUACCGGAUAGGUGUUCAUACUUUACCGGAUAGACCGGAUAGCUUUUUGUGUCUGCACGUAAAGUUAUCCAGUGUAGUGUGAACUUAGCCUUAGUUAUUGCCUUUGUUCUCGUUGUGGCCGUUUGCUACUUCACCCUCGUCCACCCCUCUUAAUUGGAUUGCGUGACUUACAAACAGCUGCCUGCAAUUCAAGAUGUGAGCACAGGCAUUUUUGUGUCAUUCUGUUGUAGCAGUCAGAUGUAAUAUCUGGUAAUAUUUUCCGAUACUACGUUCUAAGCUAUGUUUAACAAAUAACUGAGCCGUCGAAAAAGAUGCAGUCGUCUUGAAAAGCCCCGAAAGUUGAUCAAAGAAUUGUAUUCGUCCUGUGAAGACGUUGACAGUUGGCGCGGUGUACAAUUACACGUUACAAGACAAAGUUCAAACGACUCCAUAAUCGGGCUAAAAUGGCCUUUGGACUCGUCUUUUACAGCAUAUUUUAAGGUAAGAACAUUUCAAAACGGUUUCCUAUCUGCUUAUUUUAAUCUACUGUGGGUUUAGACAAGUGAAGGGACUAAAUUUUAUGUCCGACUCGCAACUUCAAAGUUGACCGCAGAAGGUCAAAUAUCUGCAUUUUUAACAGAUUUUGUAAAGCUCUCGCGUCGCUAGUAAUCAUUUGCCCAGAAAAAUUUUUACAGAAAUCUGUAGACCAUCCAUCUAAGAUUCAACCACCAGCAGCUUAAUAGAUUUGAAGGUUUCGCACAUGGUGAAAAUUAUGUUUUUUCAGGCACUACUUUUACUAAAGUAAAUUAUAUGCUUUCGAAAUUAAAUUAUUUUGUAUACAAAGAGCAGAGUACUAUCUCCCCAAAUCAUUUUGACUGAUAUUUAGAAGUUGUAAAAGAAGGCUGUGAUGUUUUAAAGACGGUAGAGUAAUCGGUUUUUGCACGCGAGGCUUUCAAACCCAUGUAAUAAAGGAGCGCCUCAAAUGAUGAUUUUAACGGAUUUUGCUUAUUUGCAUUUAUCGCUGAAAUAAAAGGAUAUUUCACCGAAAGAACUAUACAGUGGUUUUAGUUAUACCCUAGCCCAUGUAACAUUAAAAUAUGAAAGAAAUCGAAUUUUCCACCCUUGCCGCGAAAUUUUGAAUUUGUCUGAUUUUUACAGACAGGCGCUCUUAAGUGGUCACUUGACUGAGACACUUGCAUUUAAAUGUUGUCAAAAUGGUGAAUAAGGAACAGCAAAAAGUGAAAUGAGACAAUUUGAUGCUAAAUGGAUUAUUGAAAUACUAUACAUGUCAUUUAAUAGGGUAACAAGUUUUACAAAAUUAUCUAUCAUCUUUUUUUGUAAUUUUUUUUUAUUUUCCAAUAAUUUCUUUCAUUUUUUCUAUUCCUAAAUUCCCAAAAUGUCUCCAUUUGGCAACUUCAUAUCACACUCUUUUCUUUUGUUUAUGUACUACAAUGGAGGUAAAAAAUGAUGGAGCAGUUAACACGAUAUGAGUAAAACUGGCUACAUUCCCACUCCCUCCCUGACUAACAUUGAAUUUUGAGCAAUUAUAUCACAAAAGCUAUCUUGUUUGCAAUCAAUUUCUUACUAAUAUUUAACCACAAAGUAAUUAACUCUUGUCACAUCUUUUCCGACAUUUAGGCAGAAAAAUUGGUAUCCAAGUCCUCAUUUCCAGAAUCAGCUACUACAAAUGAAUGGGCCAGAUUUUUGUAUUACACAGGUUAGUUAAAGAGAACUAUUUUUUUUCUCUUUCCUUUGACAGAUCUCACACUAAUUUAUUAUAUUUUACGAUUUUUUGGUAUUUUGGUAUUGCGGAAACCAUUGUUGGUUCGCUUCUGUUGUGGCAUGGGUCUUAUUCACUGUAUUUUCAAUCUUUUGUAUUAUGUUAUUUGGUGAUUGCACACAUCCACAACACCAGGAGAUUACCCAAUUUUUAGAUCAAUGUGUGAUCCUUAAGAGGUUGUGCCAGGAUUGUUGAAUGCUGACCAUGGUGAAACACAUCAUCUCACCUUUAAAGUGAAAUUGAACUGUAGUGGACACUCUGUAAAUUGUUAUUUAAUAUUUUGGUGUGAUUACAAUUUUACCCAAGAGGAUCGUGGCUCUCCUUUAUGUUACUAUUGUUGCUGAUGGCUAGUCAUUUAAACUUGGGUUAGUUUUAAAAUUGAGGUUUUCACAUAUUUUUGGAUUUCACUUGUAGGAUAACUUUCAAUAUAUUGUGACCAGCAGAACUGGCAUUCUAAAGUAACCUAAGAUACAGUAAAAUCUCAUUUAGUUACAAAGCGUAAUCAGUAUGUUAAUAUUGGGUGAAUUAUGUUUUAUUUUUAUUGUUUAAAUCCCAAGAGUGACCAACAUCAAUUUUCUCCUAACACUAUAAAUACAUCAUCAAGAGAAAGGAUACAAGAGUCAAUAAAAUGAUCACCAAAGGGAAAAUACUCUGAUCUUUUAACAAAUUCUCUCAACUAAAUUUUAGAGGGAUGUACGGGGAUCAGACUGGAGAAUUUGUAUGUUGAUAUUGAGGCUUAUGUCUCACCUUUUACAUGUAGGUAUAAUCAAGGCCAUUCAAUUGGACUACUCAGAGGCACAUAAGAAUCUACUGCAGGCAAUAAGAAAGGCACCACAACAAUAUGCCUAUGGUUUCAAGCAAACUGUAAGUACAUAUAGUAAGUAGAUCAAGUAACAGAGUACAGCCGACUCCCGAUAACAAGAACCUUCCAGGAAAAUUAAAAAAAGUCCGAGUUAUCGGGAGUUUGAAGCAAAUAACUGGAAGUAAGUAAAUAGGCAAAAUGGUGAGGAGGGAAUGCAAGUAUCGUGCACACUCAGUUCAAAGGGUUGGACACUGAAUUUGAACGGGAGUGAACAAAAAAGUAGCACAAAAGAAUUGACAAGGUUGUUUUGAAAUAAAUUCAGUGCUUCGGACUUCUGUACAGUGGUACAACCAUUUUUUUUUUCCGACUUGUCACGUGCUUAAAAAAACAGGGUUCAAGUUAUUGGUCCAUUUUUUUAAUGAAAGUUGAUUUAUUUGGCUCUUGGUGCUAUUUUUCAACAUUUUUGGUGAUGAUUUCCAAGGGUUUUCCGAAACAGCUUUUCACUGCACUGUUAAGCUGUUAAAUGAAAUAUUUAAAAAAAAUAGAAAAUUCAUAUCCUGUUGGCAUUUCUUUUCUAUAGGCACAGAAGUUUGCCAUUGUUGUUCAACUACUUCUUGGAGAAAUACCUGACAGAGCAACUUUUAGAGAGCCUUCCCUAAGGAAAACAUUAGUACCAUACUUCCAGCUAACUCAAGGUUGGUGUUUACACUGUUAUGGACAAUUGAGGAGAAAAGUUGUCUUAAAAAUAUAAUAUUUAGUUAAAUUAUUGAUUUUAAAUUAACAAUGAAUUGUACAGAAGUUACUUGGAAAGCUUUCUGGAGGGAGAAAAAAAAUGAAGAAUAAUACUAAUAAAAGAAUAAAAAUCUCCCCUUGUCAGAGUGCAUGAAGUGUUAGGCUGAUGAUCUGUAGCUUUGGGUGGGGAGAGACAGAAAUAUUGCAUUAUAUGAAGUAUCAUCCAGACAGUAGAAUGUUUUCAUACUUUCUGUUUCACUAAUGCUUACAAGUACUGGUUCUUACUAGAACUAUGUUCACCUUGGAACAAGUUACAGGGUUGUCAUUAAGAGCUGGGGGCCGGGGAUUUUCCCUGGCUACUAAGAGAGUGGCCCCUGGCUACUUUUAUUGGAAAAUAGAAGAAAAAUAGAACCAAAAGAAAUCUCUAGCCGUUUGAUUCCCCGCCUACUUGUUGUGUUUACCCGGCAACUUGAAAUCUUACUGACAACCCUGAGUUGGUUUAAAAUAAAAUCAUUUUUAGUCCCUAAAAAGAUACACUGUAUUUUGACUUACGUUUGUCAUUACUUUUUUGCAACAGCUGUGUUAAAUGGCGACUUGAAGCUUUUUAACCAAGUGAUUGACAAAUACAAGGAGAAGUUUUUGUCAGAGAAGACAUAUACACUAAUCGUCAGGUUAAAUUUUGCAUCCUUGUUUUCCACAUUAUUCUGGUCAAAGCAUUCUGAUCAUUCACUUGAACACUUUUGUAAGACUUGGGUAUGUUUAAAGCAGACUGAGUUUCCUCUUUCCUAACUUUAGCGACAAGUUAUCUGAUUUGAGUAUGCUCAUUAUCAAGUGGGAUUUGGUAGAUUACAUCAAAGGUGAAAAAAAAAAGACAACAACACAGAAAAAAUCCAAAAAGCCCUUAUCAGUUGAAAGUCACACUGCUGUGUCAAUGUAGUGUCCAUCUUUUCCAAAGAGUAUUUAAAAUAACCUUUUGACUCCUUUAAGAAAUUAUUAACGAAAGGAUAAGUCUGUAACUGCCACAAUAUAUGGUUAACAGCUCCAAUCAAUGACAAAUUAAGACCUAUCCUCAAAUGGGGUACUCAAAUUGGGUAAAACAAUCCACACCCCUCUCCUCUCCACUCCACUCAAAGUUGGUUGUUUUUGGCAGGUAGCUGCUUGGAGGGGGUGCUGGUGGAGGAAAGAAGGCUUCAUUUCCCUUUUGUGAAGUUGACAAAUUGCCCAAAGACCCUUAAAGACAAAGUGUCUUAAUUUAUUUUGUUGCCAUUUGUAGACUGAUGUACAUUAUUUUGUGUUGAUAUUUUAGGCUGCGACACAAUGUCAUCAAGGCAGGUGUAAGGAUGAUAAACUUAUCCUAUUCACGCAUCUCACUCUCUGAUAUUGCUCAGAAACUUCAGUUGGACAGUCCCGAGGAUGCCGAGUUCAUUGUUGCCAAGGCAAGUAUUUUUACCAUAUUGCUUGAAAGGCGCAGUUUCUUGGUGUUUUGCAGAUGGUGCGACUAAGCAACAUAAUAUUUAUAAUAUUAUAACCAUAGUUAGUAGAGGAGACUGGUUAGGAAAGCCGACAAACAUCAAAGUUGAAAACAACAGUGCUGUAGUUGAGUGAAUAAAUUAAUGCGAUGUUUCUGCUGGUCAGUAAGUUCAAAAGGAUAGGAAUGUUAUUGAACCUUGUGCAUGGUCAGGUCCAAAAAAGCUAACAAAAGCAUAUAACAAAAGAGUCUGAUGGGUUUUGUAACCAUUCCACUUUAAUAACUAUGCUGUAACAAACAACUUAAGUGCGACCCAAUGACCCAACAGGAAAAAGACAAAUAACAAAUAAAAAUCACUUUGCACAUAGUUAGUAGAGGCUGGAGGGCGGGAGUGUGACCUUUCUUUCUUAUUUUUGGUCUUUUAUGAACCUGUUUUUCAAGGAAAAUGGAUGAAAUGCUCCACAGACUGGUUGUUUAUGUGUGGAUUUCAGGUCCAAGGCCUAUAAUUCUGUCACCUGUGAAUUUCCUACAAAUGUACCUUUAUUUUUAUUUUUUGACCUGAUUAACUUUCUAUGAAAUCACUAACAAUAGCAUUUUAUUGUAACGAUAAGCUAUUGCAGCUACUAAUAAAUUUUUGCUAAAGGAUCGGAAAACUGUGGUUUUUUUUAGGCAAUUCGUGAUGGUGUUAUUGAUGCUACUAUUGAUCAUGAGAAAGGCCAUGUUCAGUCCAAGGUAUAGUGAAUGUCAAGAAAUUUUAUGUAGUGUAAGGAAUUUGUGCCAAGGUAGAUUGAAGUCAUGUCACUUUACAAUACUGGAUUGCUGAGUCUUGGUAGGGGUGUGCCUCCUGGUUCACCAAAUCCUGACCCUUUUUCGAACCAAAAAAAGUGAUUUUCCACACCCAUUUUCAGACCAGACCUCUAAAAUCUAUACCCGUUUUCAGACCUAGCCUUUAGGCAGAAAUUGUGUCAUCAUUGCUUAGAUUAGAGCGCAAACAAAAAAAUUCUUCAAAUCCAUUUCAAAUUCGCAUAAUUCUCUUUUUUUCUUACUCAUUUGGAAUUGGAACGAUAAAUACGCUCAUACACUACUGUAGUUCCUUCGAAAACCAUACCCGAUUCCAGACCAAAAUGGGCAAAGUGUAUGCCCAUUUUCCGACCAAAAUGGCGCAAAAACCAUAGCCUUUGAAGUGGCACAUGUUCAUGGUCUCUAGGUGGUCAGAUCAGUAAUUUGAUCUCACUGUAAUUCUAACUUUAAAUCUGAACAUAGAUCCCUUUGCUUUGGUAUUUUUAGCUGGACCUAUUUGGUUUGUAACUGUUAGUAAUAGCAUGGAAGUUUUCUUUGUUAAAUCUAUUUUUUUAUUUGUUUGCUCUCAUGGUUGUAAAAAGGUGAUCUUGUUUUGAUUGUUGUUGCAGGAAAAUGUGGACAUCUACUCCACUAAUGAGCCGCAAGGAGCUUUCCACCAGCGAGUUAGCUUCUGUUUAGAUCUCUACAAUCAGUCUGUUAGGGUAAGUACAAUAUUCAUCCACACACUGUUGAAUUUGUUUUGUUGAAAAACAAGUUAGAUUAUCCCUGAGAUUGUUUCAAAAUUUACUGAAAACAAACAACAAGCCUGUGUAGCAGGGAUAUCUGUUUUCCUGUGUUUUGUUUGUUAGUUGUUUUCUUGUUUGUUUUACUUUAAAGGAUGCCUAGCUUUCCGACAGUGCAAAACAUGGAUCAAUGUGGAUACCAAAUUUGUAUACGUCAUUUGACAUCUUUUUUGCUGCAGUGUUGUUGUUGUGUGCACACAAAGUUUCAGUGUUAUCUCUGGAAGCAGUUUUGCAUGUUCCACAAACCCUUUGGAAACUUUUACCAUUAAAAAGCCUUUUAACUUGAAAGUCAAUGACAGGUCAAGAAAAAUUGCCAAAUAAUAACAAUUUGUGCAAAAAAAAUUGUGUAUUAUGAUCAUUGACAUUUAACUGAUUAAAUCAUUAUUUCAGUCAUUAUUUUCUAUUGUUCACUAUUAAAUUUAUUACUCUGUUUUUGUUUUUCUUUUGUUUUGUUUUUUUAUCACACAGGCUAUGCGCUUCCCACCAAAAUCCUAUAGCAAGGAUUUGGAAUCACUUGAGGUACUUUUUUAUGUGGAACUACAAUCUGUAAAAUUUAUAUUCUUGAAAAAUGCUUUCACCAUAAUGCCCUGAGCAAAUGGACACAACAUUGUUGGCUAACGUUGGGAGUUGUUGCAUUCAUUUUACACAAAGCCAAAAGUUUGACGGGUUUCGAACUUUGUGCAAUAACUCCCAACAAUUUGCAACAACAUGCAACAGGGUGUGCAAACAGACUCAACAUGUAACAUCCAGCAAUGUAGGGAGUUGUUGAUCAACAAUGUUGUGUCCGUUUACAUAUGGAUUAAGACAGUGUUUAUGAGUUAACAAUAAGAGACUGGUGUGUUAAUGCACCUUCAAGUUUCUUCAAGGCAAUUGCAAUGACUUAACCCUUCAAGCCCCAGUGGUGACCAACAUCAAUUUCCUCCUAAUGAUAUCCAUACUUUGUCAAGAGAUUAGGUUAUGAGCAUUAAUAAAAAUGAUCAAAAGGGAAAAAAUGCUUUGAUCUUUUAUCAAAUUCUCUUAACUAAUUCUUUAAGGAAAUGUAUGGAGAUCAGUUUGGAGAAUUUGUAUGUAGAUAUUGGGGCUGAAAGGGUUCAUUUUACCUUUCAUUAAAGUCAAGGAACAGUAGGGGAUGUAUUGGACAUUUUUUUGAGAUGUGAAGGGCCAGAAUUCAACCCACAGCUAUGCUGCGUACACAAGAAAUGUUGCUCCACAUUUUGGGGUUGUUUGGUUUGAAACCCCACAGGUGUGAUUGGAGAUUUCAGCAGAAGGUUGGGUGGGUCAGAGGCCCUGGAAAUCUCCACGGAGUAGUGUGAGAAGUUUGGUUUGGUGGCUUAUUUGGGGGGGAGGAGCGGGGUUGGGGGUCUUGGAAUAUCCAGUGGAGUGGGUGGCCAUGAAGAUCCUUUCCAUCAUGUAGGUAUGGAGGUCUUCUGAUGCCAAACAUCACUUAGAAGGAAACACGGAAAAAGAAAUAUUUUUAUGCAGAACUGCGUUAUUCUCAAGAGCCACCCCUGAAUAAGCAUGGCAUCCACAAUUUCCAAAAACUUUGCUUCUGGUAUCUUCUCCCACCGUCUUCACUUGCGUUUCACAGUUCUCAACAUUGUGCUAAAAUUCCUGGUCAAUACUAUGUUGAUUUUAUUGUCAUGUUACAGGAACAACGAGAAAGAGAGAAACAAGACCUAGAGCUUGCCAAAGAGAUGGCUGAAGAUGAUGAUGAUUUUCCAUAAAUUCCUUCUAACUGCAUUUUAUUACUCGCUAAUUAAUUAACUG